AUGGACUUUCCGACCGACGUGGCGGAGUUUGAUAGCGAUCCGCGCAUUUCGUUCUCGCGGCUGGACGAUACCUUCCUGCUCGAGACAAGUGAUGGCCGCGAGUUUCUUUUCAAUAAGAUCCUGAAGAGAUGGGUCGAAUCGAUCGACGAGGCGCUCAUCCGCAAGCAGCAAGGGUACGGAUCUGACGACGAUGAGACCGAGGUUGCUCAUCCGCGCGAUCUUAAGAAGCGAAAGAGCUCGCACGACGAGAGCGAUGAGCCGAAAGUUAAGAAGCCUCGUGUAAACACCGCUGUGUGGGUUACCAAGAUCCCCGGUGACGCUGAUCUGUCGGAGAUCCAUGAGCUGUUUUCGAAAUAUGGAAUCCUCGCAGAGGAACUGGACACCGGCAAACCCCGAAUUAAAAUGUACACCGACGAAAAUGGCAACUUCAAUGGCGAGGCUUUGGUCGUGUACUUCCGACCGGAGUCAGUCAACCUCGCGAUUCAGCUGCUCGAUGAGACGGACUUCCGAUUGGGUCGACCCAACCCAUCUGGACCGAUGCGUGUUCAAGCGGCCGACUUUUCGUACAAGCGCGAAAAGGAUGUGCAGCCGAAGGUUACCAUGACUAUGAAGGAAAAAAAGAAGCUUAAGGAGCGAGCAGAGCGUCUGAACAAGAAACUUUCCGACUGGGGUGAUGAUGAAGCUGAGCAGACCUUGGAGGCGAUGAAGGCUGCCGAGGAGGCGCGACGACAUGUGAUUUUGAAACAUAUGUUUACACUGAAGGAACUGGAGGAGGAUCCGCUCGCCAGUAUUGAAAUUCAAGACGACAUCAAAAAGGAGUGCUCUUCGAUUGGCGAUGUGACCAAAGUGGUGGUCUGGGACGGCGAGGCUGAUGGUGUUGUUACUGUCCGAUUUGUGGCAUCCGCCGAUGCACGUCGCUGCGUUCAGAAGAUGAGCGGGCGAUUCUUUGCAGGCAAUACUGUUCUUGCUUACAUCUGGGAUGGCGAGGAGAAAUUCAACAAGUACCACCCCCGACGAGACGCAGAGGGCAAAAUGGCAAACCCUCUGGAUGCAGACAAUGAUGAGAACGAGCGCCUUGAGCGGUACGGAGAUUGGCUAGAAAGUGCCGGAAACCAGAAGACCGACAAGAUCCAGGAAACCGACACUGACAAGACCGACACCGACAAGACCGGCAAGGACGAGGUUGAUGAGGGCCAGGAAACUGGCAAGAACUAG